AUGUUCUCUAUUGAAUUACGUGCUGGGUAUAAUCUGAAUAAUAUAACUCAUGUUUUUUCUCUCCAGCUGAGAAGUCCUGUGCUCCUUGCAGUCAUUUUGAUUUCAGGAAUCGGAGGAACCUUCCAGUAUGGCUUUAAUAUCUCCGUACUGAACUCGCCAUCGGUUUUUAUUAAAAACCUGGUGAACAGCACCUGCCAGCAGCGUUACGGCCGCUCUCUCGAGCCCUGGGAGCUGACCCUCAUCUGGUCCUUCAUCGUGUCCAUAUACUGCAUCGGUGGACUGAUCGGCACCCUCUCCGCUGGACGUCUGGCAGCAGUGUAUGGAAGGAAGAAAACGCUGCUGUUAAACAACGUGGUGGCAAUCUGUGGUGCCGUCCUAAUGUUGUUGAGUAAAACCACACUCUCAUUUGAGAUGAUCAUUGUGGGACGUAUCGUAUAUGGCAUUAACGCUGGUGUGAGUUUGAUCGUCCAUACUCUUUAUAUACUGGAAUGCGCCCCAAAGAGGUUGCGUGGGAUGGUUGGUGUUUCUGUCGCUUCUUUCGUCUCAUUGGGGAAGUUCUCCGGACAGCUGCUAGGAAUCAGUGAGCUGCUGGGCACUGAGGAGCGCUGGAUCUGGUUGCUGGCCUUCAGCGGGGUGACCGGUCUUCUCCAACUGCUCACCUUGCCUUUUUUCCCUGAGUCCCCGCGGUACCUCCUGCUGGAGAGGGCGGACCGUCACGGCUGUGAGAUGGCUUUACGCAGGCUCUGGGGAGCUACAAAGGACCCCAAACCAGAGAUGGAGGACAUGUUGGCUGAAGACGCUGCCCUGAAGGGCGUGAAGAUCCACAGACUCAUGGACCUCUUCCUCGACGUCAAUGUCCGCUGGCAGCUCCUCACCGUCAUCGUCACUUUCGUCACCCUGCAGCUCUGCGGCAUCAACGCCGUUUAUCUCUAUUCAUUUGAUGUGUUUCAAGCGGCUGGUAUUCCCAAUGAGAACCUGCACUAUGCUGCCUUAGGAACAGGGCUGUGCGAAAUUUCCACCUCCAUCGCCUGUGUGCUGAUCAUUGAGAGCACAGGAAAGAAGGUUCUUCUCUUUAGGGGUUACCUGGGCAUGGCAGCAGCGCUGGCCCUGCUUACAAUCACACUCUACCUCCAGGAGUUUGUGUCCUGGAUGUCAUACUGCAGCAUGGUCCUCAUUUGUAUCUACAUUUUGUUCUUCUCCACGGGGCCAGCGGCGGUAACAGCUCCACUGCCUGGCGAGAUAUUCACACAGUCUUAUAAACCAGCAGCGUUCACUGUGGCAGGCACCCUUAACUGGGUCGGACUUUUUUUGGUGGGCAUGUUGUUUCCACUCAUAGUGAAGCAUUUGGAUUAUUUCUGCUUCCUCAUCUUUUUUGUGUUCUGCUUCUUCUCCGGUGUGUUCGUUUGGUUCAACGUGCCGGAAACCAAGAAUAAAACUGUUCUGGAGAUCACGGAGGACUUUAAUAAAAUGCACCAGAAACCCAGACGCUCCCUCGAGUCCAAACUGAGCUCCGUACACAUCAAUGACAUCCAGGCCGCCGUAUCUACCAAGCUUUAAUACAGAUGUAUCAGUCAUUUAAUAUCAAAUCUGAGGCUGACCAAUAACAAUCCAAUAUACACCCAAUAAUCAUUCCUUGUUUUGAUGACCAUGCGCUUGGUUUUGCGCUCUUGUUCGUGAAAUCUUAAAGCAAACUCUAAGCAACGUCCCAUUUGUAAACCCAAAAUCCAAUUUCAAUUAUAGGCACUAUAACUGUUGAAUCAAUAGAUUUGUACUUUGUCAUGCUAAGGGACGCAAUUCCGAUUUGGCCUGAUACAGUUGUCGAG